UCUCGAUUUAGCUGUUAUCAACUAAUUUAUUUGGUACUUUACCCUUAUCAACGAUAUUUCGUGCUAAGUUAUCAGGUAUUGUUAGAAUUUUCUAAUAAAUCCUGCUUAACAUUUUACUCCCAGUCAUUUAUAGUUUGCUAUUCAAUGUCAAAUCGAUAGACAUAAUUUUAUAGAAACCAAAAUGUCUUCCGAAAGAAAAACUGGAAUUAUAUAUGAUCAUCGCAUGAGUGGUCAUGAAUGUAUAUGGGAUCAGGGCCAUAUAGAAACACCCCUGCGGUAUUCAUUUCCUUUAAAAAAAUGCGAGGAAUACAGGCUCUUAGAUCGAUGCAUUAAAAUUCCAUCGAAAUUCGCUUCUGAAGAAGAAUUACUCUUAGUGCAUGAUAAAAAUUAUAUCGAAGAUAUCAAACGUUCAAAAUUAUUGAAUGAUCCAUCCGAUUUAGAAGACUUUGCUUCAAGUUAUGAUUCUGUUUACUUCAAUAGCAAAACAUAUGAUGCGUCCUUGUUAUCAGCUGGAUGCACAUUGCAAUUGGUGUCUUCCGUAUUAAGUGACCAAGUUAAUAAUGGUAUGGCAAUCGUUCGUCCACCAGGUCACCAUGCCAUGACAACAGAUGCCUGUGGGUUUUGUUUCUUUAAUAAUGUUGCAGUUGCAGCAAAAUAUGCAUUAGAGCAUUGCAACUUAUCCAGAAUACUGAUUGUAGAUUGGGACAUUCAUCACGGCCAAGGAACGCAGCGUAUGUUUUACAAUGAUCCACGAGUGCUGUAUUUUUCUAUCCAUCGAUAUGAAAAUGGAGCCUUUUGGCCACAUUUAAGAGAAUCCAAUUUUGACUAUGCAGGUGGGCCUUCAGCAAAAGGCUUCAAUAUUAAUGUGCCUUUAAAUGGAACUGGUCAAGGAAAUGCCGAGUAUUUAGCAAUUUUUAAUAAUGUCUUGUUACCUAUUGCUUAUGAAUUCGCUCCUGAGUUAGUUAUAAUAUCUGCUGGUUAUGAUAGUGCCUAUGGCUGUCCUGAAGGUGAGAUGAAGGUUUAUCCUUCAUUAUAUCCUCAUUUGAUAAAUUCAUUGUCUUGUCUUGCAAAUGGACGCAUUUGUGUCGUGCUUGAAGGAGGAUAUUGCAUACCAUCUCUUUCUGAAUCUGUUGCUUUAACUCUUAGGGCAUUGCUUGGCGAUCCUUGUCCCAUAAUACCUCCUUGUAUAAGCAUCAGCCAAGUAACUGUAAACUCUGUUUUAAAUGUUUUAUCGGCUUUACGUGAAUAUUGGGACUCUGUAAAACUUCAGCCGUUAUACAAGUCCAGUUCUGAAGGGAUUGGAGAAAAGCAUUUUGUUCAUGUUGAUUAUACUGGAAGCCCAUUAGAAGGAUCAUCUAAGUAUGUUACUCGUGGUUAUAAUCCAGUAGUUCUGUCUCACGUAAAAGAUUUGCUUGAAUCUGAAUUGAAAGAUAUAAUUUCUAAAACUGACUUAUCUGUUCCUACUGCCAGAUCAUGUUUUAUAUUUAGUUCUAAACAUAAACAUUCAUCAUUAAAUGAAUUAAAUGUUUCUGGAGAAGGAAUAAAGAGUGCAGUUAAUGUGUUAAAAAAUUUUUAUGAAUGUGGAAUUCUUUCUAAAUGUACCUGGCUGGAAUUGACUGAAAACACUGAAACUGAUUUAACUGCUUUAGUUAACUUGAAAGGAGUAAAUAAAAUAAAAUCUACUUGGAAGUUAUCUGAUGAAGUGCGCAUGAAAUUAGAACAAAAUUAUUCUGAAAAUGCUUGUAAAUCAAUUAGCGAUAAUUUAUUGCAGCUCGUCGAUGCAGUUGUUAAACGUGUAUGUGUUAAUGGGUUUAGUUUGACUUAUGCAGUUGAUGGGACAUCUGAUUCUGAAAAUAAGGCACAGUUUUGCAAGUUUAAUGAAGUUGCUCUUGCUGCUUCUUAUCUUAUUGAACAACAUUUCAUGAAAAGAAUUUUGAUAAUCGAUUGGAGUGUUGACCACAAUAACAACACUCAGAAAAUUUUCUAUGAAGAUGAUAAAGUUUUGAGUAUAUCUUUGCAUUACUGUGGAAAAAAGAUUUGCCCUAUGUCGAUAGAUGAAACUGGCGUUAAGCAGGGUAAAGGAUAUAAUGUUAAUGUUCCUUUUACACAUGCUGUUACUGACGGAGAUUAUCUGGCUGCCCUAUUCCACAUUAUCCUUCCAAUAGCGUAUGAAUUUGGCCCUGAAUUUAUCUUGAUAUCUUCUGCUUUCAAUAAUGAAUGCUUUUCCUUAUUGUCACCUUCUUGUUACGGCAUCAUGGUAAAACUUUUGAGCUCACUAUGUAAUGGAAAAAUGAUUAUUGACUUUGAAGGCUGGAAUCAUAACAAUACCUUUGAUGAAACAACAUGCUGUAUUUCUUCCCUGCUUGGUAAUUCUGAGCUACUAUCCUUAAAUUCACAAAGUUUAAAACCCUGCUCAGAGGCAAUUGAAACAAUACAAAAAGUAAUUGCAGUUCAGAGAAAAUUUUGGAGAAGUUUGGCUUUUGCUAAAUUUCUGCCGGACAAUGUCACUACUGAGUCAAAAAAGGUGCAUACUGUGAAUAACCUCAAACGUAGGCAAUCAAGUGAUCCUGUUGCAAUACCUAGAAAGCUUGAUGAGGCAAUCAAAAUGGAAGAAUGGAUUGGUGAAGCUUCAGGAUUUAGCAACAAUACUGAAUUAUUCUGUGUUGUUCCUUUGGAAUAUUGCCCUCAUCUCGAAUUGCUCCAACCAAUACCGACUGAAGGAUUAAAUCCGUUUGCUAGAUGCUAUUCGUGUAAUGAUCCCAAUGAGAACUGGGUCUGUCUUCAUUGUUAUCAAGUUUAUUGUGGACGUUUUAUUAAUCAACAUAUGUUGCAACAUGGUCAAGAUAUGAAACAUGUUCUUACUCUUAGCUAUGUUGAUUUAAGUGUGUGGUGCUAUGCUUGUGAUGCAUACAUUCAUAAUGAGCUUAUUGCGCCUAUUAAAGAACAUGCUCACAUUAAAAAAUUUGGUAGUUUGUAAAGCAUGUUUUAAAGAUGUAUUUGAUUUGAAAAUUAGUUUCAAUAAUGUUUAAUUUGUUUGUUCCUUUACAUAGUAUAAACUGUUUGAGAAACAAAUGAGCUUAUAUUUUCAAAAAUUUUGUUUUAUUACCUAUAGU